UUCACAAGAAAGAUAAGAUUAGCGAUGAAAUAAGAGGGAUGAGCAUAAGUGUACUUACUGAUAAGUUUGGCAUGAUUAACCGCUCAGUUGCUCACGAUACAUAUUCGACGAACCAUGUGCGAGUCGUUUUCGUCUGCUGUAACACUUGCGGAGUUAUUUACGUUCACAAUGACCUUAACAUUUUGAUUAAAGAAAUUAAUGUGAUUGAUGAGCGUCGUGCCUGCAUCGGAAAAGCUCACUUCCUUCUUGUAACUUUAAUAAGUUGUAUUAGGUUGCAAUUAGCAAUUCAUCACGUGUGCCUAACCCUAAAACAGUGUAAAGAAAAUGCAGGUAUGAAAUUAAGGAUACCAGUCGUUUCUGAUUUACGUCGUUCGGAAUCUUGGAAGAAAUGUGAAUCACAUGUGAAGAAAGUGAUUUUUUGUCUAUGCGUACACGAUUUAAUUGUGAAGCUGUACUUGUUAUUUAUGCUGAAAGAACUUGUUUUUAUGUUGUACACGGUUUCCAAGUUGAUGUCGUCUGCUGUGCCGCCUCAUUCGAUUGAAAGAUAACUGGUCUUUAAAAGUGCACCAGGUGUAUGGACGCUGUGCGUAUCUGCAUCGCCAAACAGUACGGUAUUUUGUUUUCUGUGUAUUUAUUGUGAUACAUUAUUGUAACGCAAUGACGUUUGCUACAGACCUAAGUAAAAUGUCUCCAAUGAUCUAUACAUUGUAUGGUUUUGCUAUAUUUUUCUUCGUGUUUUGGUGUGGAAAGUGGGGUGUGCAUCUCAUAGCAAUUUUUUAUGCAAAGUGGAGAUUACACCAGAAACCAAAUCAGUUGCCUAGUGAAACACCAUAUCCCGGAGUUUCAAUUUUAAAACCAUUAAUGGGUGUGGACUUGCAUUUAUUCAGUAACUUGGAAACAUUUUUCACCAUGAAUUACCCCCUUUAUGAACUUUUAUUUUGUGUUGAGGAUGAAAGUGAUCCUGCAGUGAUGCUUGUUAAUAAACUCAUGGAAAAAUAUCCAAAUGUGCAAGCAAGACUAUUUACUGGUGGUUUUAACGUUGGUGUGAAUCCGAAAAUAAACAACAUGCAGCCAGGUUUCAAGGAGGCUCAGUAUGAUCUCAUACUCAUAUCGGACAGUGGUAUUCGUAUGAAAGAAGAUACUCUGAUGGACAUGGUAUCGUACAUGAAAGAUGAUGUGGCAAUAGUGCAUCAGAUGCCCUUUACGUGUGACCGGGAGGGAUUUGCUGCCACUUUAGAGAAGAUUUAUUUUGGCACAGCACAGGCAAGAAUUUAUCUUGCAGCAGCUUUCUUGGGUGUGAACUGCCAUACUGGUAUGUCAACACUUAUAAAAAAACCACUGAUUGAUGAAGUUGGUGGUCUGCAAGCAUUUAGUUGCUACCUUGCUGAAGACUUCUUCCUUGCAAAAUCUUUGCGGGAGCGUGGCUGGAGGAUGUGUAUCAGUAGUCAACCAGCAUGGCAGAAUUCUGGGCAAUGUAACAUCUCUACAUUUCAGGCUCGAUUAACACGUUGGGCUAAGCUGAGGACUGCAAUGGUUCCACACACAAUUUUCUUGGAACCUAUGUCAGAAUGCAUGUUGCUCGGAGGCUGUGCAGCUUGGGCAGUUUCCUUCCUGUUUGACUGGGACCCAAUUGUCUUUUAUCUAGUGCACAUACUUGUGUGGUUUCUUCUUGACUGGCUGUUACUGACAAUUGUGCAGAAUAGUUCUCUACCUUUCAAUAAGUUUGACUUUGUUGUGGGUUGGCUGUUUCGUGAGCUAUCUUCCCCAUAUAUAUUUCUACAAGCUUUGUGGGAUCCAGCCAUAAGAUGGCGAGGGCGAACUUUCAAAUUACGGUGGGGAGGAAUAGCAGAAGAGCUCAAGCCUAAAGUGAAAGUUUGAAACUAUACUCGGUGGCAUUUUGUGUGUUCCUCGUGUUUUUAAUAGACCAACAAAUUAUGCUCAACAGAAAGUAAUAUAUAUUUCAUGUCUUCAGUGUAAACUGUUAACAUGAAUGAACUGUUCUGCUACAUGCAUUUGUCAAUUUCUU